AUUAUUAACAUGCCGCUAGUCCUCACUAGGCAUUGGUGACCAAGGGGGUCUCCUUCUUUCCUUCGUGUCCCUUCACUAGCUGGAAUUAACCUUCUCUUUCCCUGCAAAAAGGCCCGGCUAUGAAGAGUUUCCAGACACUCUCAUUUCUGUUCCUUUUUUGCCUUGUGAGUCAUGGGAAUCCAAAUGGCAGGAAGAAGAAAGGACCACAGCUGCAGUCAAUCCAGAGGAAGAGUGAGCACCAGCGCUUCCAGACCAAAUUCCUGCUGUACUCAACUACUGCAGAGGGAGGCUGCCUGAUUGAAUUUAACCAGAGGGUCACCCUUGAGACAUGCCGUUUCAAUGCUUCUCUUCCUCUGGUGAUGAUCAUCCAUGGAUGGUCGGUGGAUGGAAGGCUAGAAGGCUGGAUUUGGAAGCUAGCCGAAGAGCUGAAAUCUCAGCUCACGCAAACCAAUGUGAUCAUCACUGAUUGGCUGGCGUUUGCACACGCGCACUACCCCAUCGCCGUGCAGAACACGCGUGACAUUGGCCAAGAAAUUGCUCAGUUCCUAGAAUGGCUGGAGGAAUCUCUUCAGUUUUACAGAGGCAACGCUCACCUGAUUGGCUACAGCCUGGGCGCUCAUGUCGCAGGCUUCGCUGGUAGCUUCAUUGGGGGCAAAGGGAAGAUUGGCAGAAUUACAGGCCUCGAUCCUGCUGGCCCCCUCUUUGAAGGCAUGUCUCCAACAGACCGUUUAUCACUGGAUGACGCAGACUUUGUAGAUGCGAUCCACACGUUCACCCAACAGCAAAUGGGCCUUAGUGUUGGAAUCAAGCAGCCUGUUGCCCACUUUGACUUCUACCCCAACGGGGGCACGUUCCAGCCUGGCUGCCACAUCAUGCAUGUUUAUAACCACAUCGUGCAGUAUGGGAUCACAGGGCUCGCUCAAACGGUGAAAUGCGCCCACGAAAGGUCCGUCCAUCUGUUCAUCGACUCACUGCGGCACAGCACCAAGCAGAUCACGGGCUACUGGUGCAAAGAUAUGCAGACCUUUGACAAGGGCCGCUGCCUCAACUGUAGGGCAAACAGGUGCAACACCCUGGGCUACCAUAUCCAGAAGAAGGGAGUCACCAGCAGCCGGCAGCUCUUCCUGAAGACACGGCCCCAGAUGCCCUAUAAAGUGUAUCACUAUCAGUUCAAGAUCCAUUUCAUCAAUGAAUUCCAAGAGAGGCAAAUUGACCCAACGUUCACCAUCUCGCUGACUGGCAGCAAAGACGAUGUUGAAAACCUCUCCAUUACUUUAGUUGAGGGCAUUACCGGAAAUAAAACCUACACUUUUCUUGUCCCUCUGGACAUUGAUAUCGGUGAGCUGAUGAUGAUCAAAUUGAAAUGGGAAGGGAUUGCGAUUUGGGAGAACAUCUGGAACACUGUCCAAACCAUUAUCCCUUGGACAAAGGGAGGCCGUCGACCAGGACUUAUUGUGAAGACAAUACGAGUCAAGGCAGGAGAAACUCAACAGAAAAUGACAUUUUGUUCUCAAAGCGUCGAUGAUUUGCACCUCUAUCCAGGCCAGGAGAAAAUGUUUGUGCGAUGCGAAUUCAUCUCCCAACGGCACCAGGGAGCAACAAGAUGAGCAACCCUGCAGAAGAACUGGUGCUACCCUCAAGAAAGGCUUCCAUGCCUUACCUUUUCGGCAGAAAAAAACACACCUAUUUUUAUUUCUUUAUAUGCAUAUAUACACAUACAUACAUCUGCACACAAACAUGAGGAAAGAGACACAAAAGCUUUCUUGGAUCCAGAAGUACAAUAGUUUGCAUAUAUCCAAGAAAAUGUUGAUGGAAGACAACGGAUGAAUAAAGUGUGGAAUC